UCCAAACCGCAUGUGAGGAGAUGGAGUCGCACCACUUGUGGAAUUUCGGUGUUUUCCUUUGCUGUUUGUUUAUAAUUUUAGGAACUUUUGGAAACGGCCUAACCUUGGCGGUGUUCGUUUACUUCCCGGAGUUUCGCAACAGCAUCGGCUACUUUAUCUUGAACCUGGCCUUUCUCAAUUUCGUCACGAGUGCAGUUGUAAUUCCUUUAGACACGGACCUAUGGCUGAAUAGGGGACACUGGACGCUUGGAAUUGUCCCCUGCUACAUGUCCAAGAUUAUUUGCUAUUCAAUUUUGACCGUGACAACAAUCAGCAUCGGUUUGAUUGCAGUGAACAGAUGGGCCAAAAUUUCUUGGAAAGCUGAAAAUUACGACAAUUUUUUCACAAGCAAGACCAUAAUAAUAAUUUUGGUCUCAAGUUUUUUGAUCGGAAGUUCUCCAAUUGUGCUGAUAGCGUGUGGCAUUGGCGGAAAAAUAAAAUAUAUAGAAAAUGAACUGCUCUGCGAAACAAAACCAGAGAAAUCUUGGUACAUAUUUAUAUUAAUCGUUGCAAUUGUAGGACUUUCGUUGCUAUUUUGCUACACAAAAAUUUAUCUACAAUUAAGAAGUUCAAGCAAACGAGUUAGACAAAGUGUUACGAGCUCUGCUCAAAAUUCGUACAACCGACUUUUGAAAACUUUGCUGACCACGACUGUGGCUUUCAUUUUCUGCUUCACGCCCCCCAUGGUAAUUGGCGCAAUAACCGAUACAGACACUGGAAAGUCUUCCUUUGUGGAAAAUUAUUUAUUCUACUUCCCUUACUACCUAUCUGUGGUGGUCAACCCUGUCAUUUACAGCAUCAUGAACAGUCAAUUCAGAGAAGCGUACAAAAAUAUUCUUUCAAGAAUGUGUCCUUUUGGAAAAUGUUCUUCUGACCCUAUUCAAAAUCAAAACAUUGAAAGCUUAUAAAUGGGGAAAAUUUGGUUUUAUUUCCACAUUGAAAUUUCCUCGAGAAGACAAAGACUUCCUUGUUGGAUAUUAAUUCUAACUUUAGUCAUUUGAUAAUUUAUAAAGCAAAAAAUUUAUAUAUUGUGUUAUCAAAAUUUAAAUUGUUCCAAUCGUGGUUUUGACGUCUUUGAUGUUAUCGGCUGUAAGUGUCGCUGUUUAUUGAAACGCGAACUGCCGAGCACAAAGCACGAGGAAAUAAACUUGGAAUCAAAACAUUUCCUGAUUUUUUAUUGAGUUGUAUGGACAUGGAGGAAAAAAGCUGCUGGAAUUUAUUAGGAGCUUUCAUUAGCAUUUUCUGCUUCGUGAUCGGCAUAGUUGGCAACCUUUUGACACUGGCAUUAUUCUAUAAAUUUAAGAAAUUCAGAAACAACCUCGGAAUGUUUAUCCUAAGUUUAACGAUCGUGGAUUUGCUAUCCUGCUUUUUGGUUAUUCCGAUCAAUUCUUGCUAUUUUUUCUUCCACGGAAAAUGGACGUACGGAGAAGUGCCAUGCUUCAUAGGAAAGAUAUUUUCUUAUGCAACAAUGGUAACGACUGUAAUAAACAUAGGCCAAAUCGCCAUUAACAGGUGCUUCAAAAUUUCCUACUCACAUUCAAUCUACAAGAAAGUUUUUACGAAGCUCAAUCUGGCCUGCAUGCUAAUUUUCAGCAGAUUCGUUGGUUAUGUCACCGCUGGUCUUGUGAGUUCCGGUGUCGGUGGGAAAAUUGUGUAUGACGAGGAAAAUAUGGUUUGCAACAUGCAGUCGAGUUUUGCUUUUUACGUUUUCAUCGGCGUAUUUUCGAUAACAAUAGUCAUCCUUGCCGUUUGCUACACAAAAAUAUUCUUAACUUUUAAGAGUUCAAAGAAUUCAUGUCAGCAAAACUCUGACAACGCCCGAGCGACCGAAACGCAAAUUUUGAAAACCGUUCUCGCCACCAAUGUUUCAUUUCUCAUCUGCUUUCUUCCACCGACUGUGCUUUGGUUUGUUUCCAUGGAUCCGGAAAACGAUAUUGACCAAAAUGUUGUCAACUUUUUCUUCAACGUUCCGUAUUUUGUAUCCGUCAUCGUGAACCCAAUAAUAUAUGGGGCAAUGAACACGCAGUACAGGAAAGGAUACAUGGAAAUCCUGACUAAAGCCAGACGAGCGCCAGAGAGAAGCAUGGUAAUCUCUUCGAUUGGGGUUAAUGGGCGAACAACUUCUCUCUUUGACACUAAUUAGUACUAAUUAAUACAUAUAUUUAAAAAAAAAUGAAACAAUUAGUCUUUAUAAAUUGUUGAUCGUGAUGGAAAUCUGGUUUUCUAUUAAAUUAUUUACGUUAAAUUCAUUUAAAAGAAAUCCUGAAAGAUUUUAUUUUAAUAAUAGUUCUUAUUGUUCAAACUUCUAUUUUAACGAUAGUCUUUUCAGUUAAAAUAUUCCAA